CCUCGGAGGGGACCCGUCCCACCGCCUCCUGUUGGGAGAAUGAGGCCCCGCCCACUAACGGGCUGUGGGUCGGUGUGGCCCAGAGAAGGGUAGGGGAGAGUAUCACUUGGGCUUUAAUAGAUCCCGUGAUUCCGGCUUCUCGGGUUUUUAGGGGAGCAGAAUGUUCUGGGUUCCAGGAUUUUGGGAAAACAAUUCAACACUGCCUGGAUUUCGAUAUCUGUUAUCACUGUUAGGCGUUUCUGAGACCACUAAAGGAUGGAACAAAAGUGGGACUUUUAAAAUGUUGCCCUGUAAGAAGAGAAGAACUACAGUGACAGAGAACUUGCAGGAUAAGAGCAGCCAGGAGGAAGACAACUUAGACCAAGAGUCAGCUGUCAGACCAGAAUCUGACCCGCUGAAGGAUUUGGGGUCAAUGUCACUGUCCUGGGGUCCAAGUCACGGCAGAGCAGUUGGAUUUGAAGUUCAAUCUGUGCAGAAUGUGGGAAAUCUGCCUGGUGUGGAGGCUUCAUCUUUGAGCUCUAGGAUACUCACCCAGGACACAGAUUUACCAAGUUUAGAAGCUGUUGAUGAGGUCAUUUCUCAGGAAAUCACCCUAACUUCCUUGGAGUCUUCCCACUCCCCUAAUGUACACAUUGGUAAAGGAAAACUCCAGGCCACUGCUUCAAGGAGGGGGAAGAAAGUCAUCCUCAGGCCUGGGCUAGUUUCCCAAGAAGACCAAGGUGAUCUUCCUAUCACGAAGAAAGCUUUUGCAGGAGAGCCUGGUGAAGAAGUCAGAGUGGAAGGAGAAGAGCAAAACAGUGAAGAAAGUGAGAAAAGGAGAAAAAAGAAAAAGGGAACCAAGAGGAAACGAGAUGGAAGGGGCCAAGAGCAAGCGAGCUUGGCAUGUGACCUGAAACUGGAUGACAUGCUUGACCGAACCUUAGAGGAUGGCGCCAAGCAGCACAACCUGACAGCUGUCAAUGUGCGAAACAUCCUGCAUGAAGUAAUAACAAAUGAACAUGUGGUGGCUAUGAUGAAAGCAGCUAUCAGUGAGACUGAAGACAUGCCAAUGUUUGAGCCCAAAAUGACACGCUCCAAACUGAAGGAAGUGGUGGAGAAGGGAGUGGUAAUUCCAACAUGGAAUAUUUCUCCAAUUAAGAAGGCAAAUGAAAUUAAGCCUCCGCAGUUUGUGGAUAUCCACCUGGAAGAAGACGACUCCUCAGAUGAAGAGUACCAGCCGGAUGAGGAAGAGGAGGACGAGACUGCCGAAGAGAGCUUAUUGGAGAGUGAUGUUGAAAGCACUGCAUCAUCUCCGCGUGGGGCAAAGAAGUCCAGAUUGAAGCAGUCUUCUGAGAUGACAGAAACGGACGAAGAGAGCGGCAUAUUAUUAGAGGCUGAGAAAGUCACCACCCCGGCCAUCAGGCACAUUAGUGCUGAGGUGGUGCCCAUGGGGCCUCCACCCCCUCCGAAGCCAAAGCAGACCAAGGAUAGCACCUUUAUGGAGAAGUUGCAUGCUGUAGAUGAGGAGCUGGCUUCCAGUCCAGUCUGUAUGGAUGCUUUCCAGCCCCUGGACGACAGUCUCAUUGCGUUCCGGACCCGCUCCAAGAUGCCCCUGAAGGACGUUCCUCUGGGCCAGCUGGAGGCAGAGCUCCGGGCUCCGGACAUCACCCCUGAUAUGUAUGACCCCAACACGGCUGACGACGAGGACUGGAAGGUGUGGCUGGGGGGACUCAUGAAUGACGACGUGGGCAACGAAGAUGAAGCAGAUGACGAUGAUGAUCCAGAAUAUAAUUUCCUGGACGAUCUUGACGAACCUGAUACUGAGGAUUUUCGAACUGACCGGGCAGUGAGGAUCACCAUGUACAGUAGGUUAGUACGUAUUCAGAAAGCUGUCAGGACUUACUUCUCCGGCCUGCCGUCGUGUGUGGUGCUCUCCCAGCUCGAAAAGGAAGUGAAUGAGCUGAUGGAAGAACUGUUUGAAACUUUCCAAGAUGAGAUGGGAUUCUCGAACAUGGAAGAUGAUGGCCCAGAGGAGGAGGAGCGUGUGGCUGAGUCUCGGCCUAAUUUUAACACCCCUCAAGCCUUACGGUUUGAGGAGCCAUUGGCUAACUUACUAAAUGAACAACAUCGAGCAGUGAAAGAACUACUUGAGCAGCUGAAGAUGAAGAAAUCUUCAGCCAAACAGCAACAGGAGAUGGAGAAGCUUAAGCCUCAGGCUGAGAGAGUUCAUCAGACUCUGAUUCUAGACGCAGUGCAGAGGAAGAGACUCCAGCAGCAGAUGCAGCAGCAUGUUCAGCUCUUGACACAAAUCCACCUUCUCGCCUCCUCCAACCCCAACCUCAGUUCAGAGGCCAGUACCACCAAGAUAUUUCUUAAAGAGCUGGGGACCUUUGCUCAGAGCUCCACUGCUCUUCACCAUCAGUCCAACCCCACGUUUCAGACCUUGUUCCAACCCUGUAACUUGCUGGGAGCUAUGCAUCUGAUUGAGGAUUUCAGCACACACAUCAGCGUUGACUGGAUCCCCCCGAAAACUGUGCGCAAGAAUGGCCAUGAGUUUUCCUGUUUGCCAAAGCAGGUGGCUUGGAUCCUGGCCACCAGCAAAGUGUUCAUGUAUCCAGAACUACUUCCGGUGUGUUCCCUGAAGGCAAAGAACCCUCAGGAUAAGCUCAUUUUCACUAAGGCUGAGGACAAUUUGCUAGCUUUAGGGUUGAAGCAUUUUGAAGGGACCGAGUUCCCUAAGCCUCUGAUCAGCAAGUACCUCCUGACCUGCAAGACUGCGCACCAGCUGACUGUCAGGAUCAAGAACCUCAAUCUGAACAGGGCCCCCGACAACAUCAUCAAGUUUUACAAGAAGACCAAACAGCUGCCUGUCCUGUCAAAGUGCUGCGAAGAGGUCCAGCCCCAUCAGUGGAAGCCCCCUCUGGAGAGGGAGGAGCACCGGCUCCCGUUCUGGUUAAAGGCCAGUCUGCCAUCCAUCCAGGAAGAGCUGCGGCUCGGAGCCAGUGACGCCAGGGUGGUAGGAAAUGGGACUGGGACCACCGAGGUCAGUGCAGACCAAGGCUUGGAAAAAGCCAGAGCAGAGCCCGGGCAUGAGACUUGCUACCCGCUGCUGUUGCCCAAGGGUGUAGUGCUGAAGCUGAAGCCCGUCCCCAACCGCUUUUCCAGGAAGACUUGGAGGCAGAAGCGAUCAUCAGUUCCUCCAAGCAAAAUGGUGGUCCGGGUUCCUCAGUUGAUCCAGCCUGCCACUGUCUUACAGACUGUUCCUGGGGUCCCCCCGCUGACGCUUGGUGGGGAUGACAGCUUCGAGUCGCCUGCAGCAUUGUCUGCCGUGGCCCCCAAGGCCAGUACGGGCUUCCCUCUGUCUGAGCCCCAGACUCUGCUGCCCUCUGCCCCUGUGCCCAAGGUAAUGCUGCCCUCACUUGGCCCGUCCAGGUUUCGAAAGCCAUGUGUGAGACGGAAACCCUCCAGAAGAAAGGGGUCCAAGGCCUUUCCGUGUCCCAAACCUGCCCCGCUCGUCCACUCUGCACCUGUUAUCUUCACUGUUCCUGCCGCCACUGUGAAGGUGGUGAGCCUGGGCAGCGGGUGCAGCGUGCUCCGGCCGGUCAGCGCGGCUGUGGCCCCGAGCCCCCAGACCAUCCCCUUCACCACCCUCCUGGUGAACCCCACCUCCUUUCCCUGUCCAUUGAGCCAGCCCCUCAUGGCCUCCUCCAUCUCACCCUUAAUUGUUUCUGGCAAUUCUGUGAGUCUCCCUGUGACAUCCACUCCUGAAGAUAAGGCCCGAGUGAAUGUGGACGUCGGUUGUCCUUUGGCUGAAGGGAAAAACACCUUUCAAAGCCUGGAACUCAAAUUAGAACCCCAGGAAGUAAUUCCUCUCUGUGCUCCUGUCUUCCCCAAAGAGGAGCACAGCCCCAGGCCCCUGCCAGCGAGUAGAGAAGGUCAGGUCGGAUUGUCAGAAGACAGUGCUUGUGGUUGGACAACUGUGAAAAAAGAGGAGGGGAGGCAAGGUCUGGAGCCACUGCCUCAAGGCUUCCAGGGAAUUCAAAACUCUUCCCCUGAGGACUUGAAGGAAGCCGUCAAGAUGGAACCUGAAGACCCUGGGGAGACGCGCUCCAGUGGGUUCCCUGAGCAGCACAUCUUCGAUGAAAUAAAAAAGGAACGGUUUGUGGAGUGGGAUGCUGCUGGCCCCCCACAGGAGGGGCUGAGCACUGCUAGAGUGCUGAAGAAACUGCAGGAGGAGGAGGAGAAGAGGAUCCAGCUGGCUCAGGCCCCUUCAGCGCCUCAGGAGCCCCCUGACGAGGGCCGCGCAGCCGGUGAUGGGAAUGCCCCAACUUCCGUGGAGCCUGAGCUGGCCCUCAGCAGUUCGCCGGGCAAGCCUGACGAGGCAUCCAGGGCUGAUGCGCAGUCAGCAGGGACCCCAGCAGGACUAGACAUCGUAGGAGAGAAGGAUGGUCCCGAGGAAGAGGAGGAGGAGGACUUUGACGACCUCACCCAGGAUGAGGAAGACGAAAUGUCGUCAGCGUCUGAGGAGUCUGUGCUUUCUGUGCCGGAGCUCCAGGAGACAAUGGAGAAGCUGACUUGGCUGGCAUCUGAGAGGCGCAUGAGUCAGGAGGGUGAGUCUGAGGAAGAGAACUCGCAGGAGGAGAAUUCUGAGCCUGAAGAAGAAGAGGAAGAAGAGGCAGAAGGAGCAGAGAGCCUGCAGAAGGAGGAAGAGAUGGUUGAUGACACAGGUGGAGACACUUCCGAGAAGCCCCAGUCUACCCUGGCCUCGCCUAAGACCGCGCCCGAAGUGGAGACCUGCAGAAUCCCGACAGGAGAGAGCAGCAAAGCUACUGGAAAGGGCCGGAGCAGCCAUCGAGCUCGCAGCAAGCGUGGAAGCCGUGCCCGGGCCAGCAAGGACACCUCCAAGCUGCUGCUGCUCUAUGAUGAGGACAUCCUUGAGCGGGAUCCACUGAGGGAGCAGAAGGACCUGGCCUUUGCCCAGGCUUACCUGAGCAGGGUACGAGAAGCCCUUCAGCACAUCCCGGGCAAGUAUGAGGACUUCCUCCAGGUCAUCUACGAAUUUGAGUCGAGUUCCCAGAGGCAAACGGCUGUGGAUCUGUAUAAAAGCCUGCAGAUUCUGCUCCGAGACUGGCCUCAGCUGUUGAAGGACUUCGCUGCUUUCCUCUUGCCCGAGCAAGCUCUGGCCUGUGGAUUAUUUGAGGAGCAGCAGGCUUUUGAGAAGAGUCGCAAGUUCCUCCGGCAGCUGGAGAUUUGCUUUGCAGAAAACCCCUCACACCACCAGAAGAUCAUCAAGGUCCUCCAGGGCUGUGCAGACUGCGUCCCUCAUGAGAUCGCAGAGCUCAAGACACAGGUGUGGCAGCUCCUCAAGGGCCAUGAUCACCUACAGGAUGAAUUCUCAAUCUUCUUUGAUCAUCUGCGCCCAGCAGCAAGCCGGAUGGGUGACUUUGAAGAGAUCAGUUGGACGGAGGAAAAAGAGUACGAGUUUGACGGCUUUGAAGAAGUGGCAUUGCCUGAUGUAGAAGAGGAAGAGGAACCUCCCAAGAUCCCCACAGCCUCAAAGAACAAGAGAAGGAAAGAGGUUGGGGCUCAGAAUCAUGAUAAGGAGACAGAGUGGCCAGAUGGGGCCAAGGACUGUGCCUGUUCUUGCCACGAAGGGGGUCCCGAUUCCAGGCUGAAGAAGACCAAGCGGAGAAACUGUAGCCACUGUAGUGGCAGCAAGGUCUGUGACAGCAAACCCUACAAGCACAAGGAGCUCCCCGAGUCUGUGAGCGGCAGCCCUCACGGAGAGGCCAGUCCUGGGCGCAGCACGAAGGAUGCAGGGCCAGGCAAGGAGCUGGGGGAAGAGGAGGCCCUGGAGGACCGGGAGAGCACCGAGGCCCUGCAGAGCAGGGCGGGCAGGACCACCCGCAAGGGGGAUGCACCUGCUCCGGCAUCGACAGGGAGGAGCCUGUUGCUCUCCCUGCAAGAAACACCUCCUACAGACCGGCUCCCAGAGGGCCCCCAGCAUCCUCUCCCGAGUGCAGCUGACCCGCAUGCUGUGCAGAGAAGCCCGGUGGGGCCUGAGGGCCCCUCUGGUCAUGCACGCGCCCCACCGGAAGAAGGGGCUGGCCGCAGAGUAGUGGGUGACGCAGAUGCCACUUCGCAGCCCGAGAUAUUGCCGGGCCCUACGGAGCCUGCUGCCCCCUUCCUGAGCCCUGCUUCCUCGAGGACCAGAGUCAUUGCGAGGAGACUUGCACCCGGGAAACCGGACCGGGACAGCUGGCUGCCCUCCAGCAGAGCUGGGGCAAGGAGGGCCAGUAGGACAUCCCCUGCCCAAGAGCCACUCUCGGGGACAGCUCCUGAGGCAGCAAGGAGGAGUCUGGCUAAAGAUGGGGGUGUGCAGGUCAGGGGCAUGGAGGGGGAGCAGCCGCUGAAGGCCACCGAAGCUACAGUGUGUGCGAACAACAGCAAGGUCAGCUCCACCGGGGAGAAGGUCGUCCUGUGGACCAGGGAGGCAGACCGCGUGAUCCUCACCAUGUGCCAGGAACAAGGAGCACAGCCGCAGACCUUCAGCAGCAUCUCUCGGCAGCUGGGAAACAAGACCCCAGCGGAGGUCUCCCUGCGCUUCCGAGAGCUCAUGCAGCUCUUCCACACGGCCUGCGAGGCCAGCUCGGAGGACGAGGACGAUGCCACCAGCACCAGCAAUACAGACCAGCUGUCGGACCAUGGGGACCUGCUGUCUGAGGAGGAGCUGGAGGAGUGAGCCGGGCCCAGCUCUGCAGGCAGCCUGCACCGGGACCAGGCGCUGUCCUUCCUUCCCUGUCCGACCGAAUGACGGUGAGUGGGCAUGGGCUCUGUGUCCUGCCUCGGACAGACCUGCAGCCCUUCCGGUCCACUCUGUAAAUAACCAUUGCGAGCGUGGGCUCUGCUCCCUCUCCCUCGUUGGAUGGUAC